AUGUUGGCCCAGAAGCAAGCAGAGGAAGCCAUUGUCUCCGCCGAAAACGGCGGCGUCGCCGGCAAGGAUGCCGCCGGAAAAUCCGACGAGCCGCCCCUUUUCGGCGUCAAAAACAUGCUCUGGCACGGCGGCUCCGCCUGGGACGCCUGGUUCAGCUGCGCUUCCAAUCAAGUGGCCCAAGUGCUUCUAACUCUUCCAUACUCAUUCUCACAACUUGGGAUUUUUUCUGGGAUUAUAUUCCAAGUUUUCUAUGGUUUGGUCGGCAGCUGGACAGCAUAUCUCAUCAGCGUUCUGUACAUAGAAUAUCGUAACAGAAAAGAAAAAGAAGGCCAUAGCUUCAAAAACCAUGUCAUUCAGUGGUUUGAGGUGCUAGAUGGAUUGCUAGGUCCAUACUGGAAAGCAGCGGGUUUAGCAUUUAACUGCACUUUUCUUCUAUUUGGGUCUGUUAUACAACUCAUUGCUUGUGCAAGAAUUUGGUCCUUUUUAGGACUUGGAAUGACCACUUAUACUGCUUGGUACUUGACUAUAGCAGCACUUACUCAUGGCCAGGUUGAGGAUGUUCAACAUUCGGGUCCAAAGAAGGUAGUCCUUUACUUCACAGGCGCCACUAACAUACUGUACACAUUUGGUGGACAUGCUGUCACUGUUGAGAUCAUGCAUGCUAUGUGGAAGCCACAAAAGUUCAAGUACAUUUACUUGGUGGCCACACUUUAUGUUUUCACCCUAACUUUACCGUCGGCCUCUGCCGUGUAUUGGGCUUUUGGCGAUGAGCUUCUCAACCACUCAAAUGCUUUCUCCCUCCUCCCGAAGUCCGGGUGGAGAGAUGCCGCGGUUAUUUUAAUGCUUAUUCAUCAGUUUAUUACGUUCGGUUUCGCAUGCACGCCACUCUACUUCGUGUGGGAGAAAAUGAUCGGGAUGCACGACACGAAGAGCAUAUGCCUGAGAGCACUUGCUCGUCUCCCUGUGGUAAUCCCGAUAUGGUUCCUUGCCAUCAUCUUCCCCUUCUUCGGCCCGAUUAACUCGGCGGUUGGGGCCCUAUUGGUGAGCUUCACCGUCUACAUUAUCCCGGCCCUAGCCCACAUGCUCACAUAUAGAAAAGCCACUGCACGCCAGAAUGCUGCUGAGAAGCCUCCACCCUUUAUGCCUAGCUGGACAGCCAUGUACGCUGUGAACACAUUCAUUGUAAUAUGGGUAUUGGUGGUGGGCUUUGGGUUCGGAGGUUGGGCCAGCGUGACCAAUUUUAUCAAACAAAUCGACACGUUUGGGCUUUUCGCCAAGUGUUAUCAAUGCAAGCCUCCAUCCCCGGCUCAUUCAUCGCCACCGUUGCCAUCCCACCAUUAAUCCAACGGCUCAUAUUCCCUCCAUUUGCCAUUGGUAUUUUACUAAUCUACAUAGCUUCUUUUUUUCUUUUUCUCCUCCAUAUCUUGUAUAAUAGAUGGGGAGAUUUGAAAUGUUUCUUUUUACAUGUGAUGUGUUCUUUUUCAUAUUUAUUUUUCCUUUUACACAAGAGUUGUCUUUAUUUUUACUUUAGAUGUGAGGUGAACUAGUAUAUUGAGAAUUUGGGGUGAUUGAUUGUAAAAGUAUAGUCUUGGUUAUGCAAAGCUUGCACUAUUAGUUACCUUUUACAUGGAAAAUGAUAGUGUUAGAUGCUUGAGCACGAAUUAAUAUGUUUACAAGUUAACGUGG